UGUGAUCGAAACACAGAAACGUGCGCUGAGGCGACACAGCCCUGAAGAGUGUAAAGGAACAGGUUGCUCCGGGAGGCCGGAGACUUGGUCCGGGACCCAGAGAGUUGGGGCUGGUUCGAGCGCGGCCUGUGGAGAGCGGAGAUCGCCUGAGGCUUCCUGUUUCUCUUUUGUAUCCAGUUGUGUGGUCAUCAUGCCUCAAACCCGAUCCCAGGCACAAGCUACCAUCAGUUUUCCGAAAAAGAAGUUGACUAAGACAGCGAGCAAAACAAGUUCCAGCAUCAGUAAAGUACAACUUAAAAAGGCCCAGGCUGUACCUUCUGCUCCGUGUGUGGACACGAAACUUCUGCCUCUCAGUCCCAGGAAACGACUGGGUGAUGACAAUCUGUGCAACACUCCUCAUUUAUCUCCCUGUUCCCCACCGAAGCUGGGCAAGAAAGAAAACGGCCCCCCUCACUCACAUACGAGGAAGGGAUGCAGAUUAGUAUUCGAUGAUGAACUGACAGUUAAGUCUUCGAACCAAAAAGAACAAGAUCAAGUUCCCCAAAACCAAAUACUUUCCUCAGCUCAAGAAGGUCAAGAGAGAAAAGCAGAUUCUGAGCAGAAAUGUCCACCAGAGAAGGAACCUGCUCGAGUAAGGCUGUUCAAGCAAGAAGGCACUUGCUAUCAGCAAGCAAAGCUUGUCCUGAACACAGCUGUCCCAGAUCGGCUGCCUGCCAGAGACAAGGAGAUGGAUGUCAUCAGGGCCUUCCUGAAGGAACACAUCUGUGGGAAAAAAGCUGGAAGUCUCUACCUCUCUGGUGCUCCUGGGACUGGAAAAACUGCCUGCUUGAGCCGGAUUCUGCAGGACCUCAAGAAGGAAGUGAAAGGCUUUAAAACUAUCAUGCUGAAUUGCAUGUCUUUGAGGAGUGCCCAGGCUGUGUUCCCAGCUAUUGCUCAGGAGAUUGGCCAUGAGGAAAUGUGCAGACCAGCUGGGAAGGACUUGAUGAGAAAAUUGGAAAAGCAUAUGACCGCUGAGAAGGGCCCCAUGAUCGUGUUGGUGUUGGACGAGAUGGAUCAACUGGACAGCAAAGGGCAGGAUGUGUUAUACACGCUGUUUGAAUGGCCAUGGCUGAGCAAUUCCCGAUUGGUGCUUAUUGGUAUUGCUAAUACCCUAGAUCUCACAGACAGAAUUCUACCUCGACUUGAAGCUAGAGAAAACUGUAAGCCCCAGCUCUUGAACUUCCCACCUUAUACCAGAAACCAGAUAGCUACAAUCUUGCAGGAUAGACUCAAUCAGGUGUCAAGAGAGCAGGUUCUGGACAGUGCUGCAAUUCAGUUCUGUGCCCGAAAAGUAUCCGCUGUUUCGGGAGACAUCCGUAAAGCACUGGAUGUUUGCAGGCGAGCUAUUGAAAUUGUGGAGGCGGAUGUCAAAAGCCAGACAGUCCUCAAACCACUGUCUGAAGGUCAGUCACCCUCCGAAGCACCGGUUCCCAAGCGUGUUGGCCUUGCUCACAUAUCCCAAGUCAUUUCGGAAGUUGAUGGGAACAGGCUAAUUCUGAGCCAAGAAAAGACACAAGAUUCCUUCCCUCUCCAGCAGAAGAUCUUGGUUUGUUCUUUGCUGCUUUUGACCAGGCGGCUGAAAAUCAAAGAGGUCACUCUGGGGAAGUUAUAUGAAGCCUACAGUAGCGUCUGUCGAAAACAGCGGGUGGCAGCUGUGGACCAGUCUGAGUGUUUGUCCCUUUCAGGACUUCUGGAGUCCAGAGGCAUUUUAGGAUUAAAGAAAAAUAAGGAAAGCCGCCUGACCAAGGUGUCUCUGAAGAUUGAAGAAAAGGAAAUAGAGCAUGUCCUAAAAGGCAAAGCUUUCAUUGGUAACAUCCUCGCCGAUGGACUGCCAUGAAUGCUUCUCUUACCCUACCUGCAAGUAUCCAGCUGGCAUUUGGCAGAUCAGGGAGUCUCCAUUUUAGUUGGGUCAUUUGGAAAGCUAUGACCUUUUUUACUCGGCACCAGUAAAUUUUAGUGUAUGAAUUCACGAAUGUUAGCACUGACUAAUAUCUUUGGUUCUUACUGUUUUUACCCAUAAAAAUGACCAGGUAACUGGGUGUGAUGGCGUAUGCCUGUGACCCACCACUUGGGAAACAGAGACAGAAGGAUCAGGGGGUCAAGGCCAUUCUUUGCUACAUAGCGAGUUUGUGGCUGGCCUGGACUACAUAAGACACUUUAAAAACAAAACUCACAAUGACCCCUGUUAAAGUAAUAUUCAGUAACUUUCCCACUUAUGCUCCUAACCAGCGAGUGUGCCUACAAGUAUAUACAGACUUGUGUUGAAGGAUUUGUACAUAAUUUACAAACAAUAUAUUUUAUAAAGAACUUUGAGGUUUAAAGAUGGAGUAGAUUGAUCCAGAAAGAUAUACAAGCCUCCAUGGAAAUUUGAAGGACAUUUUGGUCAAAGGACUCUGGAAUCUACUACAUGCAUUUGUUGGCCGGGUGCUACGGCAUUGGACUUUUUAAGGACUUGAAGUUUCUCCAGAGCUCCCACGCAAUACAGGGGUGAUAAGAAGAAUGUAACUACAGAUUGUGAAUAUAUUUAUUUUCAAGUUUCA